AGGAUUUGGGACUUUUAAUUAUUUUCAGAGGACAGCAGAGGAUGGCCUUUAUUUCUACUUUUUCAGUUGUAUUGUUUGUGGUACUUCUAAUUUUAGGAUUCACACAGGGGCAGGAAAUGUGAGUCAUACUGCAUGUCUUUGAAAAGAAUUUGCAUUAACUUAGAUAGUUUUGUGCCGAAGCAAACACUUCACACUUCCAUAGAGAGGCAGUUUGGAUCAGUGCAACUGAAUCUUCUGUGUGUAUAUUUGGUUGGAAAGUUGACACUGAAAACCAUGCUGGUAUGUGUCUGGCUAGUCAGCAGUCUGAUUCACAUGAUCUCAGGCUGUUCUCUAUCUGCACCCACAGAGGUCACUGGGCACACAGGAGGCUCCGUGGUCCUGCCUUGCUACUGCACUGAGGGACAACUAACACUGAACUCUGCCGGAUGGUUUUUUCAUCAUGAUAGUUCAUGUAUCGUACUUUGGUUGUAUCCUACUACAGUGUACGACCGAUACAAAGACCGGGUGAUUAUUUCUAGCACCCCAGGAAACCUGUCUCUCCGUCUCUCAGAUCUCACUCUGUCAGAUGGGGGUACAUACAGGUGUGAAGCAGAUGGGCACCACAGAGACAUCAUUCUCACAGUGAAAGGUUGUUCUCUAUCUGCGAGCACAGAGGUCACUGGGUACACAAGAGGCUCUGUGGUCCUGCCUUGCUACUGCACUGAGAGACAGCCAACACCGAAUGACGGCAGAUGGGUUUUUUCUUCACAUGGUUCCGAUAUCACACUUUGGCCGUAUCCUAAUACAGUGAACGACCGAUUCAAAGACCGGGUGAUUAUUUCUGACACUCCAGGAAACCUGUCUCUCAGUCUCUCAGGUCUCACUCUGCCAGAUGGGGGUACAUACAGUUGUGAAGCAGAUGGACAACACAGAGACAUCAGUCUCACUGUGAAAGGCUGUGUUCUGUCUAAUUCUGAACCCAUAAACAUCACUGGGUUCACAGGAGACUCAGUCGUCCUGCCCUGUGCCUGUACUGAUGUGCAGAAGAAACCGGAACAGAUCAAAUGGACUGCACACAAAGGAGGCCAAAGCACUGUUAUAUUUCCUCCGAGUGUCAAUGAUCGCUACAAACACAGAGUGCAGGUGUUGGACUCCGUUUCCCCUGGAAACCUGUCUCUCCGUCUCUCAAAUCUCACUCUGUCAGAUGGGGGAACAUACAUGUGUGAAGCAGAUGGGAAUUACCUAGACAUCAGUCUCACUGUGAAAGAAGGCUGUGUUCUGUCUGAUUCUGAACCUAUACACAUGACUGGGUUCACAGGAGACUCAGUCGUCCUGCCCUGUGCCUGUACUGAUGUGCAGAAGAAACCCGAACUGGUCAAAUGGAUUGCAUAUCCAGGAGGCCAAAGCACUGUUAUAUUUCCACAAAGUCCUCCCGGUGUCAACGAUCGCUACAAACACAAAGUGCAGGUUUUGGACUCCAUUUCUCCAGGAAACCUGUCUCUCCGUCUCUCAGAUCUCACUCUGUCAGAUGGGGGAUCAUACAGGUGUGAAGCAGAUGGGAAUUACAGAAACAUCAGUCUCACAGUGGAAGGCUGUGUUCUGUCUGGUUCUAAACCCAUAGACAUCACUGGGUUCACAGGAGACUCAGUCGUCCUGCCCUGUGCCUGUACUAAUGUGCAGAGGAAACCUGAAUGGGUCAAAUGGACUGUACACCCAGGAGGCCAAAGCACUGUUAUAUUUCCUCCCAGUGUCAACGAUAGCUACAAACACAGAGUGCAGGUGUUGGACUCCGUUUCCCCUGGAAACCUGUCUCUCCGUCUCUCAGAUCUCACUCUCUCAGAUGGGGGAAGAUACAGGUGUGAAGCCGAUGGGCACUACAGAGACAUCAGUCUCACAGUGAAAGGUUGUUCUCUAUCUGCGAGCACAGAGGUCACUGGGUACACAAGAGGCUCCGUGGUCCUGCCUUGCUACUGCACUAAGGGACAGCCAACACCAACCUCCACCAGAUGGGUUUUUUCUUCACGUGGUUCCGAUAUCACGCUUUGGUCAUAUCCUAAUACAGUGAACGAUCGAUUCAAAGACCGGGUGAUUAUUUCUGACACUCCAGGAAACCUGUCUCUCAGUCUCUCAGGUCUCACUCGGUCAGAUGGGGGUACAUACAAUUGUGAAGCAGAUGGACAACACAGAAACAUCAGACUGACAGUGAAAGGUUGUUCUCUAUCUGCACCCAAAGAGGUCACUGGGUACACAGGAGGCUUCGUGGUCCUGCCUUGCUACUGCACUGAGGGACAGCCAACACCAAACACUGCCAGAUGGAGUUUUCUUCAAGAUCCUUCCAGUAUCAUACUUUGGUCGUAUCCUAAUGAAGUGGACGACCAAUACAAAGACCGGGUGAUUAUUUCUGACACCCCAGGAAACCUGUCUCUCCGUCUCUCGGUUCUCACUCUGUCAGAUAAGGGAUUUUACAGGUGUGAAACAGAUGGGCACUUCAGAGACAUCUUUCUCACAGUGAAAGGUUGUUCUCUAUCUGCACCCAAAGAGGUCACUGGGUACACAGGAGGCUCCGUGCUCCUGCCUUGCUACUGCACUGAGGGACAGCCAACACCAAACACUGCCAGAUGGAUUUUUCUUCAUGAUCAUUCCAAUAUCGAACUUUGGUCGUAUCCUAAUACAGUGAACGACCAAUACCAAGACCGGGUGAUUAUUUCUGACACCCCAGGAAACCUGUCUCUCCGUCUCUCAGAUCUCACUCUGUCAGAUAAGGGAUUUUACAGGUGUGAAGCAUCUACAGCCAUUGACAGAGACAUCAGACUCAAAGUGAAAGGCUGUUCUCUAUCUGCACCCAAACAGGUCACUGGGUACACAGGAGGCUCCGUGGUCUUGCCUUGCUACUGCACUGAGGGACAGCCAACACUGAAAUCUGCCAGAUGGAUUUUUAAUCCAGGUCCUUCCGACACCACACUUUGGUCAUAUCCUAAUGCAGUGAACAACCGCUACAAAGACCGGGUGAAUAUUUCUGCCACCCCAGGAAACCUGACUCUCCGUCUUUCAGAUCUCACUCCUGCAGAUGGGGGAACAUACAGGUGUGAAGCAUCUAGAACCAUUUACAGAGACAUCAGUCUCAGAGUUAAAGGAGCCACAACCCGGUCUCCAGCCAUAACCGAGCACGUAUCCACACGUGGAAGCAAGCCACCCUCCACAACGGAGAUCCAUCUGAAAAAGUCUAUCUUGUACGCGACCAUUGCUGCUGUUGUUGCCACGGUCGCAGUGUGUGGGGCUGUGUUAUUUUACCACAGAGUUAGAUCCAGGAAAAAUGCACACGUGGAAUCCAGAGAAGAACAAGAGAUGAGGACCAGGGAGCAGGUGGAGGAGAAGAAUGCUGAUUCAGUGACAUAUUCUACUGUUGUUCACAGUAAAACAGUGAAAAAUACAAACAUCCAAAAUCAAAGUGAAAACUCUACAGAAUAUGCUUCCAUUAAACUUGGAAUGAUUUCAUAUUUAUAGAAAUACACCUCGUACACACACACACACACACACACCUAUACACAUGCACGCACACACCAUCUGUAAAAAAUUGUGGUUUGUAGCGAAGAGAUCAUUUAUUUUAAUGUAAACAAUGUCUUUGUGAAUUUAAAUUUUGAAUCAUGUAAAGUAUAUAGGAUGAGGAUUAAAUGAUAUAUUUUGCAUUUUGCUGCUGCAGCCUUUGCUAUGCUGCAUGAAAGGUGCAUUAUUAUUAUUAUUAUUAUUAUUAUUAUUAUUAUUAUUAUUAUUAUUAUUAUGCAUACCUCUCCUUCAUCCUGGAGUAGGAGUGAAUUUCCGUGAAGUAAAUGUAAAUUGUCCUUCUUUGCACACGAGACCCCAGAUCAUGAAAAGAUAACAGAAAGUGAGACUGCUGAUGUAACGGAAAGGCUGGCAUAACAGGAAGCUUCCCAAUCCCCACUUCCUGUUAUGUUUGUCAAAGGCUAAACAUGGUCUUCGUGAACCUGCACUCAGUUCAGUGCUGCUGUUGGGUCAGGUGCUGUUACAUAUGGAGAUGUUGUUGUCUCGGUGUGUUAAAAGGACAUGAAUGCAGCGCUCCACCGUGCUGCUGGGGCCUCCAGGCAUCCCACGCUGCCCUGCUCUCAGGUUUGCAUCCCGAGGGAGAUGAGAAGGCACAAUAUUCAUCACAUAAGGCAGUUUGUUUCAAGGUCACAUGCAUGACCCUAGCAAAUUGUCCUCUAGUAACUGCAGUCUUUUUUUGUUUUACAUUAGACUCGUUGAUUUUUGGAACUGUGAUUUACCUUAAGAUGCGAUAUACCUUCAGUGCGUUAAUGCGGCUAGCUGGGUGACUGGUCGUCAUGACAGUGUCAUGAUUGAGUCAAUUCCGUCUAGCUCUGUCACUGUGCCAUUUGCAUGUACUCUCAUUGUGGGAUAGGAUCCCAGACUGUCUGUGACUGAAUUUACAAUGAUAUUAUGUUACGUUUAGACCAUUAGCAGGUGUUUUUUUAUUCAGAGCGAUGCACAUAUACACAUACAGUGUUGAUGUUAAUUUCAUCAGAAAGACAGCUCGGGUUUGAUAAUAGAUGGCAGGUAAGAGGGUGCUGUUCUGCUCACCAAAUCAAAGUCAAGGCUGUUUCUUGCUAUAAGUGGACUAUGUGGCCACCAUAGGCCCUCUGUGACUGCAAGGUUGAACUGCUCUGCUUUUUCUCUUUUUCUGCCCCAAAAUUAAAACGACUGGUCUUGAUCAGGUUCACUGCCUGGACCUAUAUGGACCACCCCCCCGCCCCCCCGCCCCCCCCAACCCCCAUGUGAUUGAAUGCAUGAAAAACGGCUGCAGUAGUCCAGUCAGGAUGUUCCAUUACCCACAUGUACUUUUGGCCUGCCAGUUUGGCCCCUUCCCCACAGUUCAGAGGCCGACUCUGGAGUCUUGAGUGUUAACCCUGGACAGGACACCAGGCUUUCUCCAUGUGGGUCUGGAGUAGCCUGGUGUCCUGUCCAGGGUUCACCCCUGUCCUGCUGGGCUGAGCUCAGCCUAACACCUCCAUUGGGUAGGAGCUCAAAACAAAUCUGUGCUCCAUGCUCAUUCAGGUUCAUGCUGCUCCACAAUGAUUUUCCUCUGAAGAAUGAACUCCUGUGCAAGCACUUUGAGACUUUGGAUAAUUCAACUGCAUGUCUGUUCUUUAAUAAAUACAUUGAUGGCGUUGA